AUGAAUAUCACUUUUUAUAAAUAUAUCACCCUUAACAUACUAAUUUGGGGUUUAAAAGUUUGGUGUGUAGAUGACGUCGGUAUAACUGCCAAGGAGGGUGAAAGUUUGCAAUAUACAAACGUUAACGGAGAACCAGUGGUUAACGCCAUCGGGAAGAAAAAGGUUUCAGUCACCGAAAUUAGUUUCGAUUCCUUGGUUGAAGAUUUGGUGUGGUGUGGACCUGAAAACCAUGUAGUUUUACUCAAAACAGCAUCAGGCCGUCUGUAUCGCUCUACCAACUCUGGUAAACAAUGGUCUGAAAUUACCAAUACACUGUCUAACUCCUCUAGUAGUACAGUUAAUACAGUCAGUAACACCAAUAACACGAUGAACAGUAACAGUAGUAACAGCGUUGAUAAGUUCCAUGUAGAUUCAAUGUUUGUAUGUGAAUCUGACAAAAAUGUGGUAGCGGUAUUGGGAACCGGCAAUACUCAUUACAUAUCAUCAGACGGAGCACUUACAUUUAAACAGUUGGGCUUCAAAGGUGAGAUUAAUAUGUUCUUCUUUCACCCUACUAAAGCAUCAUGGUCCCUGCUGAGUACUUGGGAGGGCGACUGUUUAUCUAAAGGUACCGGCGGUGACUGUAAACAUGUGGUUUAUGCAAGCCGAGAUCUGGGUUCCAGUUUCAGACGAGUGGCUGAAUAUGUAGGACAGUUUAGCUGGGGUGAUCCGACGCAUGGCAGUGCAGACCGUAUCUACUUUAGUCGCUAUGAUAUGGCCUUUGGAGAUCAGCCGAAGCAAGACGGUUGGAACGACGCAAUCUCAUUCAGAUACACUGAUGAUUACGGAGCAACACAACACCAGUUAUUAUCAGGCGGUAACAAAUUCCUCGUUAGUAACGGUUACAUCUUUGUUGCACGUGUGGCCGACUCGAGCAGGCAAACAGUAAAAUUAUGUGUUAGUACCGAUAACGGAGUCACAUUUAAUGAGGCCCGAAUCAGCACAGAAUUGGACGAAAAGAGUUAUACAAUACUCGACACCUCUGAAGGAGCUGUUAUUAUCCAUGUUGGGCAUCAUUAUGAAGGAAGUGAUGUUGAAGUUGGCAACGUAUACAUUUCCGAUGCAAGCGGUCUUAAUUAUUCACUAUCUCUGCCGAAUAAUGUAAGAGCAUCAUCUGGUGAAUGCGAGUUUGACAAAGUGUUAUCCAUGGAGGGCAUUUAUUUGGCAAAUUUUAGAGAUGAUUCUGGUGGAUAUUUGGACCCAUCACAGCAGUUUAAAACACAUGUUAAUGGAAAUGUCGCAACUAAAUCAGACAACAUGACACAGAUUGAGAAGAAGCGUCGCAAUGUGGGACAUAAAAAAAUCGAAUCUAACGUCAGAACAGUUAUCUCGUUCAAUAAAGGAGCACAGUGGAAUUACCUAACGCCACCCAAAGUCGAUUCAUACGGACAACAAUACCAAUGCGAUCCCGACAGGUGUUACCUGCAUUUGCAUGGUAUUACACAGUUCAAGAAUUUCGCACCAUUCUAUUCCGUCGAGAAUGCAGUGGGAUUAAUAUUGGGGACAGGUAACGUUGGAGAUCACUUGUCAUUUGAUGCGGCAAAUGUUAACACGUUUUUAAGCCGUGACGGAGGCUUAACAUGGCGCGAAGUGCACAAAGGAGCGUUUAUUUAUGAGUUCGGAGAUCACGGAGGCUUACUGGUCAUGGCCCAGGACCAAAGCAGGACAAGAGAAGUUGUAUUUAGCUGGAACGAGGGAGCUAGCUGGUUCGACUUCUCGCUCUCAAAACACGAUCUCUCAGUUAACAAUAUCGUAAUUGAGCCGUCGUCAUCAGCUACCGAGUUCCUGCUCUAUGGUAAUAGAAACGGUGUUGGUGUCGUGUUUCAUUUAGACUUUGCAACUCUGAACCAGCCCGCCUGUAGAGGAAUUUGGGCAAUUAAUAGCAGUAGCAGUGAUUACGAAACUUGGGUACCACGUGAUAUGGCAGGGAAUGAAUGUUUGUUAGGCAAAAAGGUAACGUAUAAGAGGAGAAAACAAGCGAGCGAAUGUUUUAACGGUAGAGACUUCAAGCGUUCAGUGGAUCGAGAACUUUGUCAAUGUACAAGACAGGAUUACGAAUGUGAAGUUGGAUUUACGAGGUCAAUUGGGAGUGAUGUGUGCAAAGUUGAAGGACACUUUUUGGAGCGUGAAGGAUGUACCUCAGCUUCAUAUUUCUAUACAAAUGCUUAUCGGAAGGUCCCAGGAGAUGUUUGUGUAGGUGGUUGGGUUCCUGAUCUAGUUGCUGUUCCAUGUCCACCACAUUCACCUCUUUCCAAAGAAUCAAAAUUAUUGUUGGCCUUUAUGUUGGUGCUGGCAUUAUUCAUGGCAGCAGUGGUGUACGUGUCGAACGAUGAAAGAUUCAAACACCUGUUCCACAAUUACGGAUUCAAAACCUUCCAGUACGUGCCUUACUCAACACUCAGCCAAAAGAAGACAAGUUUGGGAGGAAGAUUUGAACCAGAAUUAGGAUUCAUCGACGCCGAACAGGAGCACGAAGAAAUUCCCACGCUACUCUCGUACUUGCAUGAUAACGAUAAACAUCAAGACUCUAAAACCAUCGAACUCUUGUAA